AUGGGUUGUGUCCUCUCCUGUAUCGAAGGCAUUUGCCAGGCCAUUGGAUCCGUCCUGAUAGGCAUCGCUAAUGCCAUUGGCGCAAUCAUCAUGUUCAUUGUUGACGGUGUCAUCGCCGUCUUUGAUAUUAUUAUCGGCUGCCUGACGUGCCAGGGCUGCCGCGGCCGAGGCUUGCGCAGACGACGCCGCGUCCACAGUGCGGUCUAA